CCCAGGAAAAUGUGGGGGAGGCUCUGGCCCCUCUUCCUGAGCUUCCUCACAGCCACUGCAGUCCCUGGACCCUCACUUCGGAGACCAUCCAGAGAACUAGAUGCCACCCCGCGGAUGACCAUCCCCUAUGAAGAGCUCUCUAGGACCCGGCAUUUCAAGGGUCAAGCCCAGAACUACUCAACACUGCUACUGGAAGAGUCCUCUGCAAGACUGCUGGUUGGAGCCCGAGGUGCCCUGUUCUCUCUCAAUGCCCGUGACAUAGGAGAUGGGGCUCACAAAGAGAUCCACUGGGAGGCCUCCCCAGAGAUGCAAAGCAAAUGUCAUCAAAAAGGAAAAAACAACCAGACGGAGUGCUUCAACCACGUGCGAUUCCUUCAGCGGCUCAAUGCUACCCACUUCUAUGCAUGCGGAACUCAUGCCUUCCAGCCCCUCUGUGCAGCCAUUGAUGCUGAGGCCUUCACCUUGCCAACAAGCUUUGAAGAGGGGAAGGAGAAAUGUCCUUACGACCCAGCCCGUGGCUUCACAGGCCUCAUCAUUGAUGGAGGCCUCUACACAGCCACCCGGUAUGAAUUCCGGAGCAUCCCUGACAUCCGCCGGAGCCGACACCCACAUUCCCUGAGGACCGAGGAGGCUCCGAUGCACUGGCUCAAUGAUGCUGAGUUUGUGUUCUCUGUCCUGGUGCGGGAGAGUGAGACUAGUGCAGUGGGUGACGAUGACAAAGUUUACUACUUCUUCACGGAGCGUGCCACUGACGAGGGCCCCAACAGCUUUGCUCAAAGCCGCAACAGCCACCGUGUGGCCCGUGUGGCCCGCGUGUGCAAGGGAGACCUGGGAGGAAAGAAGAUCUUGCAGAAGAAGUGGACCUCCUUCCUAAAGGCACGUCUCAUCUGUCACAUUCCACAGUAUGAGAUGCUACGUGCUGUCUGCAGCUUGGACGCUGACACCUCAGCCCACACGCACUUCUAUGCGGCCUUCACACUGACCACACAGUGGAAGACCUUAGAGGCCUCAGCCAUCUGCCGCUACGACCUGGCCGAGCUGCAGGCUGUCUUCGCAGGUCCCUACAUGGAAUACCAGGAUGGUGCCCGGCGCUGGGGCCGCUAUGAGGGUGGGGUGCCGGAGCCCCGGCCUGGUUCAUGCAUCACAGAUUCAUUGCGCACCCGCGGCUACAACUCAUCCCAGGAUUUGCCGUCCCUGGUCCUGGACUUUGUGAAGUUGCACCCACUGAUGGCUCGGCCCGUGGUGCCCACACGCGGACGGCCCCUGCUGCUCAAGCGCAGUGUGCGCUAUACACACCUCACAGGGACACCUGUCACCACGCCUGCCGGGCUCACCUAUGACCUGCUGUUUCUGGGCACAGCUGAUGGCUGGAUCCACAAGGCUGUGGUGCUGGGCUCUGGAAUGCACAUUAUCGAAGAGACGCAAGUAUUCAAGGAGCCCCAGUCUGUGGAAAAUCUGGUCAUCUCUCCAAUGCAGCAUAGCCUCUACGUGGGGGCCCCUAGUGGAGUCAUCCAGCUACCACUGUCUAGCUGCUCCCGCUAUCGCUCCUGCUAUGACUGCAUCCUGGCCCGGGACCCCUACUGUGGCUGGAACCCCAGCACCCAUGCCUGCACCGUAUUCAACAGGUCCCAAGGUAGCAGGACAACACUGAUUCAGGACAUGGAGAGAGGAAACCGAGGCUGCGAAGGCAACAGGGACACAGGGCCACCACCACCACUGAAAAUGCGCUCUGUGCUCCGAGGUGAUGAUGUCCUUCUGCCCUGUGACCAGCCAUCCAACCUGGCCCGGGCCUUGUGGCUGCUCAAUGGAAGCAUGGGCCUAAGCGAUGGGCAGCACGGCUACCGUGUGGGUGUGGACGGGUUGUUGGUGACAGACAUACAGCCCGAGCACAGUGGCAACUAUGGCUGCUAUGCUGAGGAGAAUGGCCUCCGUACCCUCCUGGCCUCCUACAGUCUCACAGUCCGGCCAGCGACUCCUGCCCCAGCUCCACAAGCCCCUGCCAUGCCUGGGGCACAGCUGGCACCUGACGUAAGGCUGCUCUACGUGCUAGCCAUUGCUGCACUUGGGGGCCUCUGCCUCAUCCUAGCUUCCUCCCUCCUCUACGUGGCCUGUCUUCAAGGAGGCAGACGAGGACGUCGAAGAAAAUACUCUCUGGGUCGGGCUGGCCGGGCAGGGGGCUCUGCUGUGCAGCUGCAGACUGUUUCAGGCCAGUGUCCUGAAGAGGAAGAUGAGGGCGAUGAUGGCGAGGGGGCUGGGGGCCUGGAAGGUGGCUGCCUCCAGAUCAUCCCUGGGGAGGGAGCCCCAGCCCCCCCGCCUCCACCACCCCCACCCCCACCGGCUGAGCUGACCAAUGGGCUGGUGGCUCUUCCCAGCCGGCUGCGCAGGAUGAAUGGCAACAGCUACGUGCUCCUGAGGCAGAGCAACAAUGGAGUGCCAGCAGGGCCCUGCUCCUUUGCUGAGGAGCUCAGCCGCAUCCUGGAGAAAAGGAAACACACACAGCUCGUAGAGCACCUGGAUGAGAGCUCUGUCUGAGCCCAGCCUCCUAGGACAAUGCUCUUCCAAGCCAGCCUGUCUGCUCCAGGGUGGGCUGCUGCUUCCCCAACACAGCCACUCUACCUUCACCCCCCCCAACUCCAGGCCCUUCUCCCAACUUUUUGAUGUCCCUGUAGGGCUGGC